UGUGAAUAACAUUGAUUUUUAAAUUAAGAACAAAUAUGCAAGAGUUUUUGUCUAAAGAGCAGAGAAGUUUUAUGAGCGACACAGUUGGGGAGUCUCCUAAAGUUGAAGAGAGGAGGAAGACUUUCUUUGAGAAGAUCUGUAGAUGACUCACUGUAGAUCAUUACCGGAUUUACUUUGACGUCACCCAGGAGCAGGUUUUGGGGAGAAUCAAAUAAGUCUCUGUUUCCUUUUACCGGACAGCCUUUGUUUGAGGAUGGAAAGAUAGACCUGUAUGCACCUUUUUGGGUUUAUAUUAGUCUUAAUAUUUGAAUGGCAAUUUUUGGUGUCUUGGCAAGGUCAAUUGAUCAAGCAUUUGAUGAGAUUGAUUAUGAGACAUCUAUUGAACCACAUAAGAUGGCAAAAAGUUAUGCCUUUUUGCUGCUUUAUUUUGUGGUUAUACCCGCUGGGCUUUAUGGGGUUCUUACUCUUCUAUCGGAUGAAUCUCCGGAGUAUGCCAAGAUUCUGGCAGUGUAUGGGUAUAGCUUUGCGAUAUUUGUUCCAGUAACUUUCACUUUCUUGGUUCCAUUUGAUACAGCAAGAUGGGUGUUCCUUAUAGUUGCUGGGAUCAUCAGUUUAUGGAUUUUGUUUAAAGAACUUGUGAUGAAUGGAAUGGAGUACAUGGAAGAAUACAAAAUAUACUUUAUUGGAGGAGUUCAAUGAUUCUUACACGUAGUAUUUAUAUUGUUCCUGAAGUAUUACUUCUUUGUGUAA